ACCGCUCCUUUCUAGGUUCGUACGACUGAUCGGGUAAAUUUCUUCCUUCCCUGAGAACAUUCUUGGAUCCAUGUCACUUUUAUCUUUCUCGUACAUCUCUGAGUAAAACACCCAAAUUCUCAUUACUCCAAUUCUAUUUUCUUUUAUAAUCUCUCUUUUUCUGGGAUUCAAUUGAACAGAAAAAUGUACCAAUGGAGGAAAUUCGAGUUCUUUGAGGAGAAAUAUGGUGGAAAAAGCAAGAUUCCCGAUGAUGUCAGUGGAAAGAUCGAGUGUUGCUCUAGCGGUAGGGGGAAGGUGGUUAUCGGCUCCGAUGACGGUGCCGUCAGCUUACUCGAUCGAGGCCUUAACUUCAAUUUCGCCUUUCCUGCUCAUUCCUCUUCUGUCCUCUUUCUCCAGCAGCUCAAACAACGCAACUUCCUUGUUACUGUUGGGGAGGAUGAGCAAAUAUCUUCACAGCAAUCUGCCAUGUGCCUCAAGGUUUUUGACCUUGACAAAAUGCAGUCAGAGGGCACAAGUUCAACUAUUCCUGACUGUAUCGGAAUUCUGCGAAUAUUCACUAAUCAGUUUCCUCAAGCAAAGAUUACAUCAUUUUUAGUACUGGAAGAAGCUCCUCCGAUACUACUCAUAGCUAUUGGCUUAGACAAUGGUUGUAUUUACUGCAUCAAAGGGGACAUUGCAAGGGAACGUAUCACACGCUUCAAGCUCCAGGUGGAUAAUGUUUCAGACAAAAGUCAAUCAUCCAUUACAGGUCUUGGAUUCAGAGUUGACGGUCAAGCUCUUCAGUUAUUUGCUGUGACUCCGAAUUCUGUGAGUUUGUUCAGCUUGCACAACCAACCACCCAGACGUCAAACAUUAGAUCAGUUAGGAAGCAAUGUCAAUAGUGUAACAAUGAGUGAUCGCUCGGAGUUAAUAAUUGGGAGACCUGAAGCUGUGUAUUUUUAUGAAGUUGAUGGGCGUGGUCCUUGUUGGGCAUUUGAGGGGGAGAAGAAAUUCCUAGGGUGGUUUCGUGGUUACCUUUUAUGUGUUAUUUCAGAUCAAAGAAGUGGGAAAGAUACUUUCAAUGUUUAUGACCUGAAGAACCGGUUAAUAGCGCACAGUCUAGUGGUUAAAGAAGUUUCUCACAUGCUCUGUGAGUGGGGUAACAUAAUACUUAUAAUGAAUGACAAAUCAGCUUUGUGUAUUGGAGAGAAAGAUAUGGAAAGCAAGUUGGAUAUGCUAUUCAAGAAAAAUCUUUAUACUGUGGCAAUCAAUCUUGUCCAAAGUCAGCAAGCUGAUGCUGCUGCCACGGCAGAAGUGCUAAGGAAAUAUGGGGAUCAUCUAUAUAGUAAACAAGACUAUGAUGAGGCUAUGGCCCAGUACAUCAACACUAUUGGUCACCUUGAACCUUCAUACGUCAUACAGAAGUUUUUGGACGCACAGAGAAUAUACAACCUUACAAAUUACUUGGAAAAUUUACAUGAAAAGGGCCUUGCUUCUAAAGAUCAUACUACUCUUCUCUUAAACUGCUAUACCAAAUUGAAAGAUGUUGAUAAGCUGAAUGUGUUUAUUAAAAGUGAGGAUGGUGCUGGAGAGCAUAAGUUUGAUGUUGAGACUGCAAUAAGGGUCUGUCGAGCUGCCAAUUACCACGAACAUGCAAUGUAUGUGGCUAAGAAGGCAGGAAGACACGAACUGUAUUUGAAGAUCUUACUUGAAGACCUUGCCAGAUAUGAUGAGGCCUUACAAUAUAUUUCAAGCCUCGAACCAAGUCAAGCUGGUGUUACUGUGAAAGAAUAUGGUAAAAUUCUUGUAGAGCACAAGCCAGUUGAGACAAUUGAGAUACUUAUGAGGCUUUGUACUGAGGAGCGAGAAUCAACAAAGAGAAGAUCUUCAAGUAGUACGUACUUGUCUAUGUUGCCAUCUCCUGUUGAUUUUCUCAACAUAUUCAUCCAUCAUCCAGAGUCUCUCAUGGAUUUUCUUGAAAAAUACACUGACAAGGUUAAGGACUCUCCCGCUCAGGUGGAAAUUCACAAUACACUGUUGGAACUGUACCUGUCAAAUGAUUUGAACUUCCCAUCAAUAUCGCAAGCUAGCAAUGGUGUAGAUAUUUCACUCAAAGCAAAAUCAGGAGCCCGUAGGAAAUCAAAAGCAGAAUCCAAUGGAAAAUUAAUUACUGAUCAGAAAGACACAUUUAAGGAAAAAGAUCGCACAGAAAGGUGUGAGAAAGGACUGCGUUUGCUUAAGAGUGCUUGGCCAUCUGAACUUGAGCAGCCUCUUUAUGAUGUUGAUCUUGCUAUAAUUAUCUGUGAGAUGAAUGCAUUUAAGGAAGGGCUUUUGUAUCUGUAUGAAAAGAUGAAACUUUAUAAAGAGGUGAUUGCUUGCUACAUGCAGGCCCAUGACCAUGAGGGAUUAAUUGCAUGCUGCAAGAGGCUGGGGGAUUCAGGCAAGGGAGGCGACCCAUCUCUUUGGGCAGACCUGCUGAAAUAUUUUGGUGAAUUGGGAGAAGAUUGCUCCAAAGAAGUGAAGGAUGUUUUGACUUAUAUUGAAAGAGAUGACAUCUUGCCUCCUAUUAUUGUCCUUCAGACCUUGUCCAGAAAUCCAUGUCUCACACUCUCUGUCAUCAAGGAUUAUAUAGCUCGGAAACUUGAACAAGAGUCAAAGUUGAUUGAAGAGGAUCGGCGAGCAAUUGAUAAGUAUCAGGAGGACACAUUGGCUAUGAAAAAAGAAAUUGAGGAUCUUAGAACUAAUGCUAGGAUCUUUCAGCUCAGCAAGUGCACUGCCUGCACUUUCACCCUUGAUCUUCCUGCCGUACACUUCAUGUGCAUGCAUUCAUUCCAUCAGCGUUGCCUUGGUGAUAAUGAAAAAGAGUGUCCCGAAUGUGCUCCUGAGUACAGGUCUGUUCUAGAAAUGAAAAGAAGUCUGGAGCAAAAUUCCAAAGAUCAAGAUACAUUUUUCCAGCAAGUGAAGAGUUCUAAGGAUGGAUUUUCUGUGAUUGCUGAGUAUUUUGGAAAAGGGGUCAUUAGCAAAACCAGCAAUGGCCAUACAAGCCCUCUAAGAUCAGGAAGUGCAUCUCACAGCAGUGGCUUCUAAGGUCUUCUGCAUUGCUCCUAUUAUGGCAUCCGUCGAUUAUUUUUCUGCCCAGUUGAGCUUGCCGUUCAGGAAACAUAAAAUGCCUGACUUCUGGGGUAAUCAGCUUAAGAGAUGCAUCUAUGGUAAUCAUCUGCAUUCUUUUUAAUGUCUAAACUACACUUGGAAACUAUUAAAUCUCUCAAGAGGAACAUCAAAUUGAGGAUUUGGUCUGAAGUUUCAUUGAGCUGUUUCUUCUUUUACCUUGUGAGUAGGAAAUUUUGAGUCAUGGCCACAAGAUUUUUUUUUUUUUGUGGUGUUUGUUAGGCUUGUGAUCUUGUUGGGUUUUGUAUAGCUGAUUUUAAUUUGUAUUAAUAAUGUACUUGAGAAGGGCAGAAGAGCUUGCUGUAUUUAUUGAUUUUGAUUAAAAAGAUGGGAGAUUGAUCUUUAUGACUGGUGA